UGGGCGACUCCGCAUGCCAACUUUGCCAUGGAGCCCUCGUUUGAAAAGGGGCCCCAUGGUUCUCACAUCAGCCAUUGCCCUUAGGGGUCCCCUCGCUGCAGAGUCGCUGGUCUGGCUGGCUCAGUCAUCUGUCUUCACAGGCCUCCUUCCCAGGCUUUUGCCUAGGGGCCCAUAGCGGUUGGGGCUCUUUUGAUCUCUCCGAACAAAGCCCACAAAGUGUUCAUGCACAUGUCCCCUUUCCCCAUAGUCAAGCUGGAUGGCCAUUAGGAAAAUCCCCAAGUGUAAAACACCAAAGAGCCUGUCCCCUCUCCCUGAGAGGCAGGAGCAUCCAGACCCCAGACACUCCUUCCAUUCUUUCCUAAGGAACAGCUCCUCACCACCCCGCUCAGCGACUGACAGUGUGACUUCUUGUUAUAGCAGCAAACCACACACAAAAGAGAGAACAAAUCAAAACCAAACCAGAUCUGAUUCUUGGUUCUGUAGGUUCUUCCCCUGCACCCCUCCCACACACAAACACCUUUUCCAGUUCCUUUCCUUUCCAGUGAAUACAGGAGUAGGGAUAAAAGAGAAGAGGCAGUAGGAGAGGGGCCACCAUUCUGUUGAAAAGGACACAGUUUCCCUCACUGGAUGGGUGUUGGAGCAAGGAAGAAAAUGGCACAGGGCGAGGGAGUAUAAGUUAAAUUGAUUAAUUCCACCAUUUUUGAGCACCAGCUAUGCAUCUGGCACCGUGUUGCCUGUGAAGUAACUGGGAUACAAAGAAGCAUAAGCGCUCCUCUGGCCUGGAGAAGCUGGCUGAGGCUGCCUGGAGACAGUGUGAGAGAACUGCGGGGUGCGGGGUGGGAGCCCUGUGCCUGCUAGCACAGUGGCCCACAAAGGAGACCCGGAGAGAGCUCACUGCCACUCCUCCUGAAGGUCCAUGCCAUCAGCAUGGCUGCUUUGCUGUGAGUGUGGGCCUGGCCCUGCGUGCUCUCUUCCUCCAGGGGACCUGUGGUGUAGGGGUGCUUGAAUGGUGGAAUCUGGGUGCCGUGUCCUAGGGUUUGGGUCCCUGAAGCCCAUAGUUCCUGUAACUGCAUAAACAUGGACAGAGAUAUGAAGGCGACCCCCGAGAUAUAAAGGGGUUCACGUUCACUGGCCAGCCCCCAAUGCCCACGGAACUGCUAAGGAGACUUAACUGAACACGCACAGCAGCACUUCUGGUUCUCGUCCUAAGCCUUUAUAGAUUAUGUAACGGUCUGUAGGCUGUGAGCAAUCCAUCUGUAGGAAAUGUGUUCCAGGUUCUAAGUCAAUGGAUGUGUGGAACACAACUCCUUUAUUAGCAAAUUAGACACUUGCAGUAGCGUUAGCUAGAUUUCAGGGAAGUCCCUUUCAAUACUUGAAGCACCAGCUUGAGCCACUCGCUGCUGGGCCAGACAUGCCAUGGGAGAAGGCUUCCCAGGUCUUUCGUGUGGAGCUGGGGGGGUGCCUGCCCCAAAGAUUCCAGCCUUACCUUUGAGCUGCCCCAUUCACCCCACUGGGCUGAGACCCCGGUAGAACCAGGAGGACUCAGGGUGUCAGAAGUCAGGAACAAGAGGGCAAGGGGCUUUAGGGCCCAUUCAGCCUCUGUGUGAUUCUGGCCCAGCCGGGUCCUUGGUGCUGGGACCACGUGUUUUCAGAAGGAGAUGGCAGUUGGGCCAAUGGACAACAGAACAUCAUAAUGGCAAAAACAGCUUCAGGACGGGACCCAGAAGCUGUAACUACCGGAGAAAAACCCCACAACAAAUUCCAUACUAUGGCCCUUAUCCCUGGACCAGGGCGGGGAAGGAAGCAGAGACUCACCUUAACUUGGUGAAAACAGGGCAACGUGAAGAACACUGUGUAGUCAGGCUGAAAAUUAAAUAGAUGUGAGUGUUUCUUUAAUUCAAAGGUUUAAUUGUUCUGACGGUUUCCAUAACUUAAUCUGAGCCAUCACUUCAGCUUUAAUUAUGAAUAAUGAAAUGGAUUAUUUGCAGUAACUAAUAUGACAGGGAAAACUGAGAGGUGAGAAAUUGGUAACUUGGCAACUGGGUAUUCAUCUUCUUUUCAGUCCAUGUUUAUUUAGUAUCUACUGCGUUUCAGCCUUUGCCACGGUCCUAUAGAUGUGCUAUUCGGGGGGAAAAAUAGUAUCAUAUAGGCCAUACUACGGGCCAAUUUCUUUCACUUCAUUAUCUCAUGUCCUGCUCUAAAUAAUACUCUAUGCAGGUAUUACUGCUCUGAUUUAUAGAAGCACAACUGAGACUCUGAAAGGUUAGGUCACAGCGCAAAACCUAUGCUUUUGCCACCUAACCUGUCUCACACCAAAACCUACAGACUGACACUCUGAAUCUUACUUCCUGCUUCAUGCAGGUAAAGUCAGCUUUUCGUAGGGUAAGGGUUGCUUUGUAUUUGAAGCAGGCAAGACAGUGAUUAAAAUGUACUUUUGGGAAAUUAGCCUGACAGUUGUCUGUGGAAUGCAUCCGAUGCUACUGAGAUGGACCUUAGCCAAAAUGGUGGCAGCAAGACUGGGAAAGGGGCUGUAGGAGGCACCCUGGAGGCUAGAAGGGGCCUGCUAAGGCUUUGGAUGUGGUGGGCAGGGAAGAAAGACAGCCUUGCUGCCCUGAGUUUGGGAAGCAGGGGACACAAAGUUCCAGCUUGGCCACUGACUAGUGGCUUAACCUGGGGCCAGUCACUCAACCUCUCUGAGCCUUGCUUUCUGUGUGCCCAGAAAGCGCUAUAACCAGCUAACUUAACAGUCUCAAUUCAGGGGCACAUAAACUGAAAUGGUUUUGUGUUUUCAACCCGCCUCUGUUGACUCUCCCUUAAUAUCUUGCUUCCCGGUCAUUUUCAGUUAUUCAUGGUCCACCACCGUUUUUAAGGCUUCUAUUUCAAACUUGUCCUAAAUCUCAUUUCCUGCCAUCUCCCUGCUACUGGCUGCUGCAGCAGGGGGAGCUGGGACUGACAGUUUGGAGCCUGGGCUAGUGGUGAGGUCUGGCUCCAAGAGGCUCCCUCCCUCUUUGCCCUGGGGAAGGUUGAGGAGGAGGGAGAGGAAACGUGGUAGUGUCCCCUUUUGCUGGCUUACAUGGCUGGCUCUCACCAUGACUGUGGCAGCUACUGGCUCAUACUGACUAACUGGCCAGCAGGGACCAAAUGCGGGUUUGCUUGUGGGGCACACGUGGUCUUCAGAGCUCCUGUAGGGACUCCUGCUGCUCAUGCUCCUGGUGGGAGGAUCUGGCUCAAUGCCCCCUACCCUCCUCCUGCCACUAGCCUCGAGCUUCUGGGCUUCCCUCCCCCAGCGGGCAGUUCUUGAGUGAAAGGAAGAGGAGAGAUGGUCCAAGUCUGACUUCCUUCCACUGUACCCACGGCUAUUGUUACUGCACCAUGUCAAGGGCGCAGGCUGCUCCAUGGCCAUCGCCCUCUUUGCUGCCAUUGCUCCUUCUCUGAGUGGAGGCUGGACUCCAGCCCAGCUGUGUUUCACACACCAGACCUGUAGCUGGCAUGGGCUGCAUGGGACAUGAAAGCACCAUAUAGGGCAGACCUGCCUCGGAGGGGUGGGCACAUCACUCCCUGCUGGGCAGAAGCCUCGCACGACUCCAAUAAUCUUCCUCCACAGACUGCUUUGAGGGCUAGAGUGGCAGUGGUGGUGAUGGGAGUCGAAGGGCCGUGUUUAUCGCCGCCUUGAAGAGGGGUCUAGUCCCAAUUCCGAAUCCAAUUCAUCAAUUUGGUCAGCAGAAAAAUUCCCACUUCCCCACCCUACCUCUGAGAAGGACAGAGUGCCUGGCUAUUGAGACCAUCGUGGGUGACUGCGCUCAUGUCUGGCUUUUACUGUCAUCUCAGUGUCUCUUCGUUUUCUUUGCUCUUUGACUUCCCUAUUUGGGGUUCUCUAUCCGCACAGUAGGUGUGGAAUUUUGAGAUGGACUCUGAGCUCACCAGGAUGGGUUGGUUGGCCCCUUGGGUACCAUGCAGUCACAGAAGCAGGUAAUCAAAGAACAAACAUUCCUGCGGUGUUUAGAGUCUCCCUUAGUUACCAUCAGGCCUCUGUUUGAUUUCUUGCAUAGCAACAAAACGGGGAGGGGAAGAUGAGCAGCAUCUGGAAUGCACUUUGAUAUAAGGUGGGAUUCCGCUCCUGGGUGAUUUGCUGGAAGUGUGCACAGAGGUGAACUAUCAAGUAUGCAGGAAGCAGUCUUCCUUCUGGUUCUCCUGGGGACCAUGUCAGCGGGAGAGGCACUACACCUAAUUCACUUACCUGCUACUAGUAACGUGGCAGAGAAUUCUUCACCUGGGACUUCAGUGCAUAAGUUUUCUGUGAAAUUAUCAGCAUCACUGUCACCUGUGAUGCCAGGGUUGCCCCUGAUAAUCAACACCAGUCCUCUCACUGAAGCCUUCAACGUGAACUCUCUGUCAGGCACCGAGUUUGAGGUUGUCACUACUGGGAAGGAACAACUAGAUUUUGAAACAGGACCAAACAUGUUUGAUUUGCAGAUUUAUGUUAAGGACGACGUGGGUGUCACUGACCUACAGAUCCUAACUGUCCAGGUAACAGAUGUGAAUGAGCCGCCUCAGUUUCCAGGCAACUUGGCAAAAGGUCUAGACCUCUACAUAGUGGAAGGAGCAAACCCUGGAUUCAGUUACCAGGUUGAGGCCUUCGAUCCAGAAGAUACAAGUCAAAAUAUACCCCUCAGUUAUUUCCUGAUUUCUCCCUCGAAGAGCUUCAGCAUGUCUGCUAAUGGGACCCUCUUCUCCACAACAGGAUUUGACUUUGAAGCAGGGCAUAACAGUUACCACCUCACUGUGGAAGUGAGGGAUAGCCAAGGGCUCAGAGCCUCCACAUCGCUGCGGGUGAACAUCGUGAACAUCAAUGACGAAAUCCCACGCUUUACCAGCCCAACGCGAAUGUAUGUGAUUCCGGAAGAGCUGGGUCCAGGAACCGUCGUGGCCAAUAUCACAGCUGAGGACCCUGAUAAUGAAGGUUUGACCAGUUUCCUCCUCUACAGCAUCACUACUGUUAACAGCUAUUUCAUGAUAAAUCAGUUGACUGGUACCAUCCAAGUGGCCCACAGGCUAGACCGAGAUGCAGGCGAAUUAAGACAAAAUCCCGCCAUUUCUCUGGAAGUUCUGGUGAAGGACAGACCCUUCGGGGGUCAGGAGAAUCGCAUGCAGAUAACCUUCCUGGUGAAGGACAUUAAUGACAACCCUGCUACCUGCACCAAGUUCACCUUCAGCAUUAUGGUGCCUGAACGAGCAGCCAAGGGGACGUUGCUUCUGGACCUGAACACGGUCUGCUUUGAUGAUGACAGCGAAGCACCAAACAACCAAUUCAACUUCACCGAGCCAUCUGGAGUGGGGAGCCGCCGCAGAUUCUUACAGGAUCCAGCUGGCUCUGGGAAAAUUGUGUUGAUUGGUGAUCUAGAUUAUGAAAAUCCAAGUAAUCUAGCAGCCGGCAAUAAAUACACUGUGACAACCCAGGUGCAGGAUGUUGCCCCUCCUUACUACAAAAAUAACAUCUACAUUUAUGUCCUAACAAGCCCAGAAAAUGAGUUUCCUCUUGUCUUUGAUCAGCCAUCCUAUGUCUUUGACGUGUCAGAAAUAAGCCCAGCCAGAGCCCGGAUUGGACGGGUGCAGGCCGCUGACAAAGACUUCCCCCAGAGCAGCACUGUGUACUCCAUCUCCACUGGGGGGGCCAGCCUCCAGUACCCAGACAUAUUUUGGAUUAACCCCAAAACAGGAGAACUCCAGCUGGUGACUAAAGUGGACUAUGAAACGACCCCCAUCUAUAUUCUCAGAAUCCAGGCCGCCAACCACGAGGACACAAGCUCAGUCACUGUUACUGUUAACGUCCUGGAAGAAAAUGAUGAAAAGCCGAUUUGUAUCCCAAACUCUUAUUUCCUGGCCAUCCCAGUGGAUCUGAAAGUUGGCACAAACAUUCAAAAUUUCAGGUUGAUGUGUACUGAUCGUGAUUCCAGCCCCAGGUCCUUUCGUUUCUCCAUUGGCCCAGGCAAUGUCAACAGACAUUUCACCUUUUCUCCCAACGCCGGGUCCAACAUCACACACCUGCUCCUUGCAACUCGCUUUGACUAUCCUGGUGGGCUUGACAAGAUCUGGGACUACAAGCUACUUGUCUAUAUAACUGAUGACAACUUGCUGUCUGGCAGGAAGAAAGCUGAGGCCCUGGUUGAAACAGGGACAGUGACACUGAGUAUUAGCAUCAUUCCUCCCCCAACCACGAUUGUCACCACGACCCCCAGGCCCAGGAUCACCUACCAGAUCCGGAGGGAAAACGUGUAUUCUCCAUCGGCGUGGUAUGUGCCUUUCGUCAUCACGCUGGGCUCCAUACUGCUUCUGGUUCUCCUGGUGGCUCUGAUCGUCCAGUUGGCCAAAGCCAUCCACAGGCACUGUCCCUGCAAGAUUGGGAAGCACAAGAAACCUCUGAUGAAGAAAGGAGAAAUGAAGAAAACAAAAAGAGAAGUUGUGGUGGACACAAUCCGGCUGAGCACGGUCUUUGACGGUGAAGCCACAGACCCAGUGACUGGUGCAAAAUACGAAUUCAACUCAAAAACUGGAGCCAGAAAGUGGAAAGGUUCCUUAAUGCAAAUGUCAAGUUGGAAAGAGUCCAGCCGGCAGGGAGCUGCUGCAAGCAGCGCUGUCUCCGCGGGAGGGACGGGGCCACCAAGGAGCACCGACGAGGAAGGAGAUGGGCCGAGUGGCCAAGCACAGGCUGCGGAUGCAGGCCCAGGUUCCAGAAACCACGAUGGCAAGCCGGGCACCCCGAAGAACAGAGACCCCGCCCUCAAGAGCAGAGCUUCCCCCAAACCUCCGCCAGGGAAGUAAGUCGUGUGUGGUUGCUGGUCCCACAGAAGAGCAAGAGAGGACCCUCGGCGCUCUGAGGGACGCUGCCUCCCCCUAAAUUCUCUGAGAGCCUAUGAGGUGCCACGGGAGAAAAAAUACGGCCUGAAGGGACUCGGAGACCCAGGGUCCCAAAGGGGAUGUUUAAAACAGCACAAAAGGGUUUGAUGGCCUAGUGGCCUUUUUCUGAGAUGGCCCAGGAGAAAGUGGUCCCAGGUCUCUGUGCCUCUAACCAGCUGGACUGCUAACUUUUGGACAUGGACUUAUUAUGUUUCGUCUUCCCAUUGAUUGCUAGGCAGCUCCAUUCAGUCCGCCCCUAGGAAGAGCACAGAAAUUUCUGAUAGUAAAGCUGAGGACUAGCCACACUUCUGACUUCACCUUAUUUUCCUGCCUUCCUUUUAGCAUUACCCAGAAUUCUUCAUUUAUAAAUGCAGUUCAACACCA